AUCGCCUGCCGCCUCCAUGCCGACUUAGCACAUUGCCAGUUUGAGCGAACCGAACGCAGUGCGAGCACGAGAUUCCGGGAGUGAGCGAACGAAUCUCAACUCAUCAUCAACUGAUCGAUCGCGUCAAUCUUGUAUUGUUCAACACAAUUAAUCGUCAUCUGGCAGUGCCAUAGUUAGAUAGUGCGUCGGUGCGUUGAAUUUCGUGUCGUGUCUUUAAUAACUGACGCGACACCAACUUCACGAUAGCUUUAAACCUGCCCGUGGUGCUGUUAGUUAAUCCGUUCGCUUAGCCAUAUCCUAGUGCUGUUCCUCGAUGCACUGCGGUGGCUGCAGCAAGUGUUGUAUCAAACAUAGAUUUGUUUUCACGCAUGGUGUAGUCGUACUUUGAGCAAAAACCGCGAGCGAGAGUUUAUGUGUUCGGUGGGUUGCGCAUUGCUCUAGGUUACCGUUUGUGAUGCCAUUUAACCGACGGCUUUCGGCUGUGUGUCAAGUCAAGUGUUGCACAUAUGUGACAACGACGUUAUUUUGUGAAGCUUCGUAAAACUACGAUCGUGCAUGAAACAAGUGAGCACCUCGCUGAAUUAUAAAGUGUAGAGCAUCGUCCAAAAGUUGUUGGCAAAAUAUGCCCGAAAAAUGUGCCAUACUACGUGGUGCAUCCGAAUGAGUUGCCAUGGUGCUUAGUUGAUCAGGUUUUGGACAAAACAUCUGGAAUGUGAUUGAGUGCAAAGGUGAAACUAGUUUGCUUCUCAAGCGAUUACAAUUGUUUUGUUUGACAAACGCCUUCGAGAUCGGUGUGUAUUAUCAUUUAUCGAUUCUACAUGGGGGCAAUAGUAUCACAGUGGAAAAGGAAGAAAAAAUCGAACCCCAAGUGAUUGAGUGCCGAUUACAUCAGCGCGUUAGAAAAGGGUUCAAAAAGGCCAGAAAAGAAGGCGCGAAUCUGUUUGUUGAAACAAGCUGCUGGUACUGUGUACAAAGCAGUACUGAUUCACAAUGCCGGAAAAAGAAACUUUCCACGAGCAUAUGCAAGUGCACCCGUUCCACCAUCCAGGCCAUUCCUUGGCAGCACAUCAUGCGCACCAUCAUCCACAGGCAGGACUGGCAGCACACGGGUUAAGCGCAGCAGCUGCAGCUGCAGCGGCAGCAGCGGCGGCCGCAGCUAAUGGGGCUGGGCCCGCCGGAAGUGGUGCGUAUGGCCCGCUGCAAAUCCCGUCGGCAUUUGUGGCAUUCCACACGCAACUGCCUGCUGCAGCUGGGCUCGACCAACGAGCUCCCCAUGACGGCCGAUACCUGUGGGAUCCUACAGGAUCUCCUUCUGCAUCAUCUUUCCAUCAUCCCCAUCACACAUCUCCGCACGGCUUGCCAAGUAAUGCAAAUUUUGCCGAACUACAGUUUUUGAGUGCUCGACGAGCGGCCGUUGCAGCAGCCGUAGCUAGCGCUGAAGUUGCACAAGUCAGCGGGACAGUAUUACCUCCACAUCCACCCGCUCCGGCAACCGUGGUUCCGCUGACAAUUUCUCCGCCAACCACCUCUGGUGCUUCAUUAAAGGGAGACGCCGAGAGAUCUUGCAGUACCGGCACAACGCCCAUCGGUAACGGAACCUCACCGACAGCUGGAGGUACCGGCGCAUCCAGCCCAGGACUGCCUACGCCAAACGGUACCACCGGGACGACUGCUGGACAGACUAACAUCCCCGUACCGGUACCACAUCCGAGUGACUUUCAUCCUGCCUACAGAAUACCGGGAUACAUGGAGCACCUGUACUCAUUACAACACGCUUCGGCGUCUCUCCACGGUCUGGGAUUGACAUCGGAGUACAUCAAUGCCAGGAACGCCAUUGCCGAUCUGCAUCCAGCCAGUUCCCUAGCCAGUGCGGAUUUUCAUUUCAGCAUUGACGCAGCCAGUCGACUCAACAGUCCUCGUCCGGGUAGCAUUCGAGCAAGUGUUAGCCGAAAACGUGCCCUUUCGUCAUCGCCAUAUUCCGACUCGUUCGACAUUAGUUCUAUGAUACGAUACUCCCCAAACUCUCUAGCAUCUCUAGUGAACGCGUCGCGUAGUAGUAGUACCAGCGGUUCCUAUGGCCACUUGUCGGCCAGUGCACUUAGUCCUGCUCUGGGUAUGCACAACGCAAUGCCACCACACCUUCAACAUCUACUGCGUAGCAGCGGUUUUCUUCAUACCCUGCCCGGUCAUCAUACACCAACGGCUAGUAUGUUUUCGCUGUCUCAUCAUCCACUGCAUACAGGACACUCGUUGAACAAACCACAGCAAAUCACUGAUCUAUCCAAUAAAAGACAAGAACAACCAACAUCCAGCUCGCAAGUGACUCGCGUCGAGGCGGACAGUGCCAGUAAUGCGCAACAAAAAAAGUUACGCGUCAAACGAGAAACCACUUCGCAUUUAUAUUCGCAUAAACCGAGCGCACAAGAAGACUGCACGCCAAUGAUUACUUCCAAUCACCUACCAAGUCCUACAUCGACACAAGGACCUACAAAUGGAACGAUUUCAACAACAUCGACUACUAAAAAUGGUGGGCUUAAUUUAAGUCCCAUACAACGAGAACUGAGUAACGGAGGGCAGGGAUUAGAACGCAACGCAGCCCUCGCUGCCGGUGCAAUGGACAUUAAUUGUAACGGCAACGGUAUGGGAGAUGGUGGUAUAUAUGGAGAGGAAGGUGGUGGUCGAGACGGGGGUACCAGAGCGGAUACUACUGACCCGAAGGAUGAACCAGGCGAUUUCAUCGAAACCAACUGCCAUUGGCGUGAAUGUUCAUUGGAGUUUAACACACAGGACGAACUGGUGAAGCACAUCAAUAACGAUCAUAUCCAUGCAAACAAAAAAUCCUUCGUGUGCCGUUGGGAAGAUUGUUCGCGAGAUGAAAAACCUUUCAAAGCGCAAUACAUGCUGGUAGUGCACAUGCGCCGCCAUACAGGCGAAAAACCUCACAAGUGUACGUUUGAAGGGUGCUGCAAAGCGUAUUCAAGACUGGAAAAUCUUAAGACUCACCUACGCUCACAUACCGGUGAAAAGCCAUACACCUGCGAAUAUCCCGGAUGCAGCAAGGCAUUCAGUAAUGCGUCUGAUCGUGCUAAGCAUCAAAAUCGAACGCACAGCAACGAGAAACCGUACGUUUGCAAAGCACCAGGAUGUACGAAACGAUAUACGGAUCCCAGUUCUUUGCGGAAACAUGUGAAAACUGUCCAUGGCGCUGAGUUUUAUGCGAACAAGAAACACAAGGGCAACAAUUAUGGUGGCGGCGGCAGCAAUGGUGGUGAUGGCCCGGGAGAGGAUGGCGAAGGAUCAAAUCAUAUGUUUGAUAGUAGUCCGCACAGUGAGGACAAAACGACGAGCAUGAGCAGUCCUAGCAUUAAGUCAGAAUCAGAUGCUAACUCACCCAGCCAUCCACCAAUCAGCAGUCCUAUGUCAUUGUCGGCACUUACUGCCGGACUUGGCGAAGACUACCACGAAGGUAAUAACAUGCAGCUCGGGAACAUCGUUGGGCUAGAUGAUCCGGUUUGGCCGUAUGUGGAUGAAGAUCUGGAAGUCGCGGAUUUACCGUAUGUACUUCGCGAAAUGGUAGAUCUAGGUGGACCUACGGGAACAGCCGCAGUAACGGCUCGUAAUAAUCCAAGGAAUCGAUUCAAGAAUCGCAUCAACAACAAGGGUUCGCUGCUGGGCAGUAGCCCUUUGUCUAACAUUCCGGAAAUGAACAGCCAAAACAUGCACAACUAUGGACUAGGCGACCUGAACAAAAAAAUUACUGAUCUCAAGAUGGAACCAGGAGUUACACCACCUCCCCAACCAAUAUCUCAUCCUUCGCCCACAACCGGUAAGACCGGACAGACUGAUCCAAUGCGUCCGUUGCUACCACCUGCAUCCACGUCUACGACCAUGAUGAUGAUGAAUGCAUAUCUCAAUCCAGCCGCAGCACAGAAUCGACGAGAUAGCAACAACAGUACAACGAGUAGCUCUUAUUACAGCAUGCGCUCAGUCGAUAUUAGCCGGCGCAGUAGCCAGGCAUCACAACAAAGCACUAUAUCAACCAUGCGCCCCAACUACUAUAAUUCCUCUUCACUGUAUGACCCUAUCUCGCCUGGUAGUUCGCGCCGUUCAAGUUCCAUGUCAACGGCAACCACUGGUGGCCAAAGUUUACCUCCUCCGCCUUCAUCUCAUCUGAUAGCAACGCAUCUUCAACGUUUUAGUGGCAACAGCCAGAUGGUUGGUUCGAUGGGUACUACUGGAGGACACUCGAGCGGAAAUGGAACCGGGGCUCGACAUUCUAUACCGAACAAUCUCACGAAUAAUGGCUUUUACAGUCAACAGCAAAACAUGCUAUCAUCUCAAAUAGAUCGCCGAAUGUCGGAACCCGUUGCUAGUGGCUCAAAUGCAGGAUCUGGUACGGGAUCUAUGAUGGGAACACGUUUGAACGCUCAGUAUAUGAAUCGCCGACUGGGCACGGCGAACAAUGCAACAGCAACGCGCGUCCCGCCAACUUCAACCAUCACUACCGUACCGACUUGCACAGCAACUUCCGGGGUAGAACCGGGAACAUCAGCAGCCAAUAGCAAACUUACAACUCCUGCUGCCACAAACAAAUUGCAUCCUAACCAGGAAGUAGUACUGGAUGAAGUAGAAGAGGGAGAAAUGGUAGAAAACAAGCUUGUUAUACCAGAUGAUAUGCUGCAGUAUCUCAAUCAAGUUGCAGAUAUGGCUGGAGAGACAGGACCAUGUAGCAAUAAGCCAGCCAACCCACCAGUUCUGACAGAUAGCACGCUUACAAGCCCCAGACAUAAUGCUUGGAAUACUCCCCAGCAUGAGAGUGGAUCUAACAGCAACUUUCAAAUGGGACCCUCAGAAUCAACCCCAAAUCUGCCGGCCAGCUUUUCUCAGCCACGAUCGACGACAGCCAACAUCCUAAUGAGUCCACAGUCCCAGUAUAGUAAUGACGAACCAACUCUUAUGAACAAUAUGAUGUCACCGCAGACACCACAACAUCAAAUGAUGUCACCGUUGAUGCCAGAAAGUGUGGCGGCUCCAGUGACACCUACCACUAACAACUAUUCGGCAUCGUCUUCGAACAUACCAUCUCAGCAACUUCAAACACAGCCUGCCCUAUCGCCAGCUACGCACACUCCAGUCCAAUGUCAAAUGUUGCAUAACGGGUUACAAAAUUUCAGCAACGAAAACAACAACUAUUCUUUGGUUAACGGAGCUAGUUGCUAUUCCCAACAACAGCAGCAGCAACAACAACAACAACAACAACAACAACAACAACAACAACAACAACAACAACAACAACAACAACAACAGCAGCAGCAGCAGCAGCAGCAGCAGCAGCUACAACAUCAGCAGCAGCAACAACAACAACAGCAGCAACAGCAAUCAUGCACCGGGCGUAGUCGACCAAUUGCUUGCUCUAAUUUGAUCGGAUACUACCACCGAACCGAUCAAAGUGCUCAUCAUUGUUGCCUAGCUAUGAUGAUGCAGGGCUCACUUCACAUUAACCAACCAACUAAUAGCGCACUUAGUCAGCAAAAUGUGAAUGGUACGCUCCAAUCUCAAUCACAAAUGAAUCAGUAUAAGAAUCCGUUCAGUCUUAACCUCGCCAGUUUUAAUACGGGUAGUAACACAAAUCAAAAUACGGUGGUUCUGGGUAGCAAUCCAGCUUCAAACAUCGAGAUACAAUGUGGCGAUAUCAGCCAGUCGCAGAUGUCACCCGCAAUUGCAGCUAUGGCUCCGUCUGGCAAUAAUCCUUCGCUUGCCAUAGAAACCCGGCAGCAAGCAGAAAACAUUGAAGUACCACCCCAAGCAUGUCAGCAGCCGAUGGAAAGUAGUCUACAGACGCCCCCAUUACCUUCCACACCGACUGGUUUUGGAGAACCCGUUCCUGACCCUCAACCACCACCAUUACCAAUGUCCAUUACCGCUGAUACCGAUAUGUCGAUGGGCCAAAACGAGCACGGUAAUGCUAUGGGUUCGGAUACGUAUCAACGAACACUCGAGUAUGUGCAAAACUGUCAGAACUGGAACGAAUCGGCGGAUACGGUCAGCAGUAGUACCCAUCCUUCGUCAAAUCUUGUUAUUAACGAUAUGAGUACAUCGUUAAGUUCGUACUUUGAAGAAGAUCGCUAUCUGCAGAUGAUACAAUAGAUAUUUGAUUGCCAUUAACGACUGAAUGCAGAUUUCGCAUUACAUCAAAAGCACGCAUAGUUUCUAAGAAUUGUUACUCGCCGUUUAAGAUCUUUUUCAGACAAAGAUUGCACAUUUCAAACAUUCGGGGAAACGUGUAUAGUAAGUAUUCGAUAGAUCAUUUGGCGAUACGUGUGAAACAGUUUCCCGUUUACUUUUUUGUGCUUAUAAAUGAUUGUAGUUAUUUUCAUUUAUUCUGAAAAUAAGCUCCUGUUUUCGUUUUAUUACUUUUUGUGUUUUUGUUUUAUUGCAAACUUUUUAAUGUACAUACACGAAUAAGCUAUGUACCGAUCGUCCUAAUCGCACGCUAUUGUUGUAAAUGUAGAUGUGGGAAAACGAUAUAAUAUUAUCGAAAAUAGAACAACUACUGCCAACGUUUUGCAUAUUGUGCUAGUAAUAUGUAUAUGUAAUAAGAAGUUUGCAGAAUAAUUAUUGUAAUUCUUGAAAUAAGCAGAAAUGAGCCACAAGAAUAGAGCAUGGAAAUAAAUGAUUCGUUAAACUAUGAAGAAUGUACAAUGGUUCCGAGUUUUUUUGAUUAUGUUAUAUACACCAAACGUAAAAUAUCACCAAUGUGAAAACAUUUAUUCGCGAACAGCGUUUAUAAUGAAACAAACAAACAUAUGCUACCAAGAAGGCACUCGUCGGCGAAAAGCACAGUAAGGAUGUUAGCUGGAUGGAGUGUAGCUUUUAAGCCAGUUGUAGAUUGGAUGCAGUCGGAGACGGUGGAUAGAGCUAUUGGAGGAGGUUGAAUAUUGCCAGGAAUUAAGGAUAGCGCCCCUGGAUCGUAUUUAUUGAAAACAAAUUGGUGACCUGGCCAUGUCAGCACGACGUGCUCGUAGUUGAUUAUUUACAUGAUAUAACAUUAAAACUGUUCUAUUUCAAAACGUAUGCGCAUUCUAAAUUUGAAGCUAACAGAUUGAGUGAAUGUAAAGAUAUGUACAAUUAGUCAUACAAUUACUUGUAAGCUAACGACGAAGUGUAUUCAUGGAAGCGAUAACGAUUACGGAAACUACGAAUUGUGUUAAAACACUCGUGCUAUUUAAUGGUGUGUUUGUAUUGUCAGUUUCAUUCAGAGAUAAAGGCGGAUCGUUUACUGCUUGAAGGCAACUUGUGCUGCAUUGGAAGUAGAAUGAAAAUGAGUGUUAACUUAGGUAGUUUAGUUGUAAUAUGUUUUAUGGUGAUUGUGCGUGGUGACUGGUUAUUCCCGGAUGAGGUGCAGUUUAAUAUUAGUGAAAAGUUGAACAAAAACUGUGGCCAUACGCCGUAUGCCGAUCGUAUCAAACCGGAAGAUGGGCGGAUUUUCGAAAACCCCUGGAUGGUAUUGUUUCGACAUCCCGAAGAACAGGAAUGGUUUUGUCAAGGAACUCUGAUAACCGAUCGUCGUGUUCUCACUACAGCGAUCUGCGCGGAAGCAAUCAUUGUCAAUGAAACGAUCAUAAUUCUUGGCGAGUAUGAGCGAACAGUCGGCCCCGAUUGUGAGACGGAUAAUGAUUGCAAAGUGGAGCCGAUAAUCGAACGGCUACCCCAUAGCGUAAUUAUUCACCCAGGAUUCCAGAACGACACGUAUGAGAAUGAUAUCGCACUGGUAACGCUGAACAGAAAGAUUAACUACAGCAACAAUGUGAUGCCCGUCUGUUUGCCUUUGACACCAAUCAUCGCUUCGAUGAUCCACGACCCGAUCGUAUACAACACGUUAUGGACAGAUGAAAACCGAGUCCCAAAGCAGAUUCGGAUGGAGUAUAUACCUCAGGACAAGUGCCAAAGCCGCAUGCGAGAUCUCCUUGUGUUGCAAGAAGGACAAAUUUGCGCCCAAUAUGCGAAACGCAUGGAUGUUCAGAUUAGCAGCGGUUCCGGGUCACCGCUUAUGAUUGAAAAUCAUGAUCGCAUGUUUCAAAUUGGAAUUCUUUCAAUCGGUCUGCCAGACCCUACCAACUUACCGUAUGUCUAUGUUAACAUUUCUACACACAUCAAAUGGAUCCAUGAUACUUUGGAUGAUGGAUUCAAAUAAUAAACAACUUCAUUUAUUGAUAGUGAA